CCCGGAAGCGAGUUGUUAUUGCAGUGUUUUCAUAGGUAGCUCGGUUCUCGGUGGAAACGAGUGAUAUUUCUAGAUGCCGGUUCCUGCCUGCUGGACUGUGAGAUGUGUUUGUUGUCCGCACUGAGAGCAGAAACACAACAAAGGGCUUUCUGCUACAGGAAGCCGCUGCCCUUCUCCACCGUGCGUACAGGUAACGUCAGUACCGCGGCAUAUUCGUGUAUUUGGUUACAGGCGGCCUUGUUCUAAGCCGUGGCUUUGUUCUUGAGGUGAGCUAUCUGCGAGAGAACAUAUUCUCCUCGUUUUGGGUUGACUUUAUAAAAGAAGGUGGGGGAGAAGCGAAUGUGGACUCUUGGACCGAGCUAAGGGGACAGCUGACAGCAUGGCCACGAUGCUGGCAUGUGGAGCCAGAGGACUCCUGGUCAGCCUGAGGUCCACUCUGCGAAGAGCGGGCUGCUCUGCCAGAUGCAGGCUCGUGCACAACCAGCGGACACGUUUGACCAAAAGAGGACAGAUCCUUACUCGCAUACCCAAGGUCACGCUGCUGUGUUGGGGUGCUGUCAGUGCUUCAUCCCUUGCAGCCAAGUGCCAGGAAGCAACUCUUCCAUCCAAGGCAGCAGACAGGAAGUCCCUUGCAAAAGUCCAAGUCCACAAAGUGGUGUUCUUUCUUCGUCUCAGCCUCCGGGCUUUGGUGCUACUCUGCAAGUUUGGUCCCCUUCUUCUCUUUUACCCCUUGGCCCUCAUGUCAACCCACUGUGCGUCUUACUGGUUGAAGGCCCUUCUAUGGGUGACCGAGACCUCGGGUCCCACUUUCAUCAAGCUGGGACAGUGGGCCAGCACCAGGCGGGACAUCUUCUCUCGAGAGUUUUGCGAAUGCUUCUCCAGGCUCCACGUGAAGGUGAGCGCUCACUCCUGGGCCCACACCAAGAAGUGCCUCCGCACGGCCUUUGGCGAGGCCUGGGGAAGAGUGCUGGUGUUUGACAGCAAAGAGCCUGUGGGUUCAGGAUGUGUUGCUCAGGUGUACAGAGGCUGGGCCAGGGUUGACCAGGUGGAGGACCCGUCCUUCCAGUCGAUUGUGGAAGAGAUGGAGAGAGAAGACCUGCUGGAAGCCUGGGAGAUCCCCGGCCUCGGCAGUGUGGGUGCCGUUCUGCAGCAGCCUGGGGAGAGCAGCAACGAGAAGGAGCGCCUGAUACCUGUGGCAAUCAAGGUAGUCCAUCCGGGCGUCAGGAGGCAGGUAGAGAUAGACUUGCUGCUGAUGAAAGCAGGCAGCUGGCUUCUGCACUGCAUGCCCGGACUCAAGUGGCUCAGUCUGUGUGAAGUCGUUGAGGAGUUUGAGAAGCUAAUGACCAAACAGAUAGAUCUCCGCUUCGAGGCCAGAAACAUCGAGCGUUUCCAAGAAAACUUCCGCGACGUGGACAACAUCAGGUUCCCGACUCCGCUACGACCGUUUGUCACCAGGAACAUUUUAGUGGAAACCUUUGAAGAGAGUGAGCCCAUUUCCAACUACCUGAGCUCUGAGAUUCCUCAGGAGGUGAAGCGGAGAAUAGCCAGGAUGGGAGUUGACACCCUGCUGAAAAUGGUGUUUGUGGACAACUUUGUCCACGGAGAUCUGCACCCUGGCAACAUUCUGGUCCAAUGUCCGAAGGCUCUCGCUGGUUCCAGUGACACAGUUGCUGCCGCGGGGGACCACCACGGAAAGACCACCCUCACGGACUUGUUAGACACGGUGGUGGUGAGCGUCAGACCAGGCCCGUGUCCUCUGCAGCUGGUUCUGCUGGACGCCGGCAUCGUGGCUCAGCUCAGCGACCACGAUCUCGCCAACUUUAAGGCCGUCUUCACGGCGGUGGUGCUGCGCAAGGGCGACAGGGUGGCGGAGUUGAUUUUGCACCAUGCCCGAGCCAACGAGUGCAAAGAUGUGGCGCUUUUUAAGAAGGAGAUGGCCGAGUUGGUGGAUCAUGCCGUCAGCAACACCCUCUCUCUGGGAAAGAUUCAAGUAGCUGAUUUGCUCUCUAAGGUGUUUGGCUUACUCAUCAAGCACAAGGUGAAGCUGGAGAGCAACUUUGCGUCCAUUGUGUUUGCCAUCAUGGUGCUGGAGGGGCUGGGAAGGUCACUCGAUCCCAACUUGGACAUCCUGGAUUUGGCCAAACCCCUGCUGCUGAAGAACUGUGCGUCGCUGCUCUGAUGCGCGCGCACACUCCCCAUCAGCAGACGCACAACACAGGCAGCUGUGCAGUUAGUAGGUGAAUUUGCAGGUACUAUGUUUCUACUGUACAUCUUCUUAGUACCGUUUCAGGAGGUUUUCUUCAGAAUUGCAAUGCAAUGUUCCCUGGUAGAUCAUGAGAUCAUCUCAUUACAUUUCAGCAGAGUCCAGAACGUAAAUGCCUCACCGUGGCGUCUUGUCUUUAGUGGCUGCAACAACUUUGAUUGCCUUUGUUUACGCUUCGUCUCCUGCAGUCUGUGUUACGUAGGAGCUUUUCAUCCAUCAACAUGGACUUUAAAAGCACACUCACUGAUGAGAGUUGAUACAUUUUAAAUAGUUUGAUUACUAAUCAGUGAGUCAGACGCACAAUGUAAUCAGAGGACAUUUCAGUAACUAUGUAAGAUGAAAUGACAGAAUCCUAAAAGGAACCCAAGCUGCUUCUCAGUUCCUGGGUUUUCUUUUUAAUUGGUGCCUUGCUAAAGUAUUCCUAUCCCUUAAAACACUUCUUUCCCCCCCAUGUCAAAACCACAAACCUUUUCGUAUUUAUUUGGAAUUUCGUUAUCCCGACUCAACCAAGCGGAGAAUAGUGACCUAAAAUCACGAGAUUUAUGUUUUGUUUUGUUUUAAAACGCCCAAAAUGUGAAAAUGUGUGGAUUUGUAUUCAGUCGGCUUGAGGGAACAUGUUGAGACUAAAAUGUUUUCCAAUCCUGUGUGACGUAGCAAUCAAAAUGAAAUGCACGAGCAUUAUUUACAAGUGUCAAAUACAGAAACUUGUUGAUGUUGAAAGGGUAUGAAUACUUUCGAAGGCACCGUGUAGAUGUUUUAUUCCUGCAGUGUUAAUCUUCUUUUAAUGUUUUAUGGAUUUUGUUGUAGAAUUGAUCACAAAACUUUAACAUUUGUACUGAUGGCUGACUGUACUCUGUUUUUUUGUAUGUUAAUUGCCUGUUAUCAAAACAUACUCUCUUCCAACAUUCAUGCCAUUAAAAUGUAACACAAUCUCAUUUA